UCUAUACCGCAGAAGCCAAGUUGAUAUAUAGUCUAUAACACAGCUAUUGGAUGUAGUUACUGGUACCGUAGCAUUCCAUGUUUUCUAGAUUCCUUCCUAAUACCUGGUAUACAGUAGUUACACCGGUACCUGGGUAUUACUAUCUGGAGUUACGGCCCGACAAUAAUGUAUCAAAGUUAUAGUACCCUACCCGCCAGGGUGUUUCCCAUUACCAUGCAGUACUAAAACUCGGUAUUUAGAGAUAUCCCGUCCGGGAGGCAUGGGUUCUCGAAUGAGGCUCCCAAAGGAUUUCAGUCAACGAUUACCCUAGGUACCCAGGUACCUCCUGAAGACGUUGGGGGAAGAAAACGGAACAUGCGUUGUAAUACUAGAUAUAACGAUAUACGGUAAAAUACUUGAUACCGUUUCAAGGUUCUAUAAAAUAGGGGUUAUACACCUAGGUACUUUAGAUCUUACAGUGCAAGAACAUAUCUCGAGGCGUUUAGGCAACCUUGUGCUUAUACCGUUCGAGAAGGUGGAUAUCAUCAAGCCCCUAGACGCGUAUGGAAUGGGUAGUAUGAGAGGUGCAGAGUUUCGAUCUUGGUUCUACCAGGCCUUCAAAGUUGACGUGCCAUUCUUGGACUUGCUAAACAGGACAACGACGUUAGCAGGACUAAGCGAACGAGUUGUUAAGGAAAUAGAGAGUAGAAAUGCUAACAGCGCAUGAUUCUCUAUUGUAUUCACAUUGAAACUAGAUAGGAAUAGAAUGGC